AUGGAGGGCCGGGGCUCGGCGGUGCUGGGCCUGGGGCAACUUUUAGCCCCUUUCGGGGAGCACCAGCUGCAAGAGGAGGCCGCCUCGCGCCCGUUCUGGCAGAGCGGCGGCCCGGAGGAGGAGGAGGAUGAGGAGGAGAAGGAGCAGGGCGACGCCUCGGGGGCCGCCGAGGAGCAGGACGAGGCGGCGCUGGUGGGGCUGCGCCGCCGCCACGGGCGCUCGCUCUCCCUGCCGGCCAGCCCCGCCUCGGCGGCCGCCGCGCGCCUCUUCCCGGGGCGCGCGGGCGGCGGGGCGGCCAAGAAGCGGGUGCAGUUCGCCGACUCGCUGGGGCUGCGCCUGGCCAGCGUGAAGCACUUCAGCGCGGCCGAGGAGCCGCAGGUGCCGCCCGCCGUCCUCUCGCGCCUGCAGAGCUUCCCCAUGCGCCGGCGGGACCUGGAGGAGUGGGGCGCCGCCCUGGCGGGGCUGGGCGGCGGUGCAGCGGCGCCUCCCGCGCCUGCGCCGCUGCCGCUGGAGCCGCGCUUCGAGGCGGCGUGGGGGGGGCGGCGGCGGCGGCCGGGUCCGGGCCGGGCGCGCGUGUGCCUGGAGGAGGCGUCGGGGACGGCGCUGGCCGGGGCGCCGGCGGACGUGCGCGGCGUGGUGCGGGUGCGGGGCUGCCCCGGCGCCAAGGAGGUGACGGUGCGCUACACCUUCAACGAGUGGCUCUCCUUCCUCGACGCCCCCGCCGUGCCGCUGCCCGCCGACGGGGACCCCCCCGCGCCCCCGCCGCCGCCGCCGCUCUCCUCCAGCCCGGUCGAGCGCUACCAGUUCAGCUUGUGCCUCCCGCCGGGCCUGCAAGAGGGCACGGCCGUCCACUUCGCCGUCUGCUGCCGCAGCCAGCAGGGCGAGGACUGGGACAACAACGGGGGCAGCAACUACACCCUGGGCCCGCCCCGCGACGCCGCUCCGGCCCUGCGCUGA